UAGCGGGCGGCCGAGGACCUCGGAGGCGUCCUCACCGGGGAGGGCUGUGCGGGUGUCGCGCCACAGACGGGCCACGGCCGCCGGCGGAUUCAGCCCGGUGCUGCGCCAUGCCAUCCGCAGGCCCCUCCUGAACCGUGGGCGCGCGGGCGGGCCUCGGGCCGCCGAGGCCAUGCGCGCGUGCUGCUGACGAUGCCGCCCGGCGCGCCCGCCCGCCUGGCGCUGGCCCUGGGCCUGGGCCUGUGGCUCGGGGCUCUGGCGGGGGGCUCCGGGCACGGCUGCGGGCCCUGCGAGGGCCCCUGUCUCUGCGACACGGGGCCCGGCGCCGCCUGCCGCGUCAACUGCUCGGGCCGCGGGCUGCGGACGCUCGGUCCCGCGCUGCGCAUCCCCGCGGCGACCACCGCGCUGGACCUCUCCCACAACCUGCUCCAGACGCUGGACGUCGGGCUGCUGGCAAACCUUUCUGCACUGGUGGAGCUGGAUAUAAGCGACAACAAGAUUUCUACAUUAGAAGAAGGAGUGUUUGCUAAUUUAUUUAAUUUAAGUGAAAUAAAUCUGAGUGGGAAUCCAUUUGAGUGUGACUGUGGUCUGCUAUGGUUGCCACACUGGGUAGAGGAGCAGAGGGUUCGCAUGGUGCAGUCCAAAGUAGCCACAUGUGCUGGGCCCAGCUCCCUGAUUGGCCAGCCCCUCAGUGUCGCCUUGUUGAGUGGAGGCUGUGGUGAGGAGUAUGUCGCCUGUCUCCCUGACAACAGCACCGGUGCCAUGGCAGCGGUGGCCUUUUCCUCUGCUCACAAGGGCCCCCUAGAGCCCGAGGCCUGCAGUGCCUUCUGCUUCUCAGCUGGCAAGGGCCUCACAGCCCUUUCAGAGCAGGGCCUGUGUCUGUGUGGGGCACUCCAGCUCUCCAACACCUCUGCGGCCUGCCUCUCCCUGUGCUCCAGCACCCUUCAGCCGCCCAGCCCUACCUGUGGCGGCCCCACACUUCUCCAGCACGUCUUCCCUGCCUCCCCAGGGGCCACCCUGGUGGGGCCCCAUGGACCCCUGGCCUCUGGUUGGCCAGCAGCCUUCCACAUCACUGCCCCUCUGCCCAUCAGCUCCACACGCUGGGACUUUGGAGAUGGCUCUCCUGGGGUGGAUGUGACUGGCUCAGCUGCUACCCACCGAUAUGCACUGCCUGGGCACUAUCAGGUGACAGCUGUGUUGGCCAUGGGGUCUGCUUCAGUCCUGCUAGGGACAGAGGUACACAUAGAGGCAACACCUGCUGCCCUGGAGCUCGUGUGUCCGUCCUCUGUGCACAGUGAUGAGAGCCUCAAACUCAGCAUCCGGAACCGUGGAGGCUCAGCCCUUAGGGCCACCUAUAGCAUCCUGGCCCUGGGCGAGGAGCCAACGCAAGUGGUGCACCCGCUCUGCCCUUCGGACACAGAGGUCUUCCCUGGCAAUGGGCACUGCUACCGCCUGGUGGCAGAGAAGGCACCCUGGCUGCAGGCACAAGAACAAUGCCAAACCUGGGCUGGGGCUGCCCUGGCCAUGGUGGACAGCCCUGCCAUCCAGCACUUCCUUGUCUCCCAGGUUACCAGGAGCCUGGACGUGUGGAUCGGAUUUUCCUCUGUGGAGGGGGCAGAGGCAGGCUCAGAGCCCCAGGGCGAGGCCUUCAGCCUAGAGAGCUGCCAGAACUGGCUUCCAGGAGAGCCACACCCGGCCACCGCCCAGCACUGUGUGCGGCUGGGGCCUGCUGGGCAGUGCAACACAGACCUGUGCUCUGCGCCCCACAGCUAUGUCUGUGAACUGCGGCCUGGAGGUGUGCGGGCAGCCAGGGCCACUGGUGCUGCUUCUCCCCGCAUUUGUCCUUUGAUGCUCAGUGUUGGCUCUUAUUCCUGGGAUGAGGCUGUACUAGGAAAAACAAAACAAACAAAAACAGCAGAUGGAGGGAUCUGGAGGGGGGCAGCUGCUGCUGGCUCAGUGCUGGGUCGGGGCCCGCCCUGGACAUUCCCCGCUGUCCCUUUGGUCUGGCACUGGCGCCUUAUUGCAUACUCACCACCUCCAGGCCCCGUGUGGGAUGCUGAGAACUUCCUCGAGGGAGUGCCUGGUGGGGGCCUGCAGGGACCCCUGAGGCCACUGGCACAGCAGGAGGCCCUCCUAGCCCCUCAGCAGCCCUUGGAGGUCAUGCUGUUGCCUGUCCUGGGCCGUGAAGCCUUUCUCACCGCAGCAGAAUUUGGGAUCCAGGAGCUUGGGAGGCCUGCACAGCUGCGGCUGCAGGUGUACCGGCCCUCUAGAGGGGCAGUAGCCCCAGAAAGUAGCAGUGAGCCUGAAAACAUGACUGAGUCAGGCCCCAGCUGCAUGAUGGAGGAGCACUGGUGUCCUGGAGCCAAUGUCUGUGUGCCACUGGAUGACCCCUGCCACCCUCAGGCCCCUGCCAAUGGGUCCAUGUUAGGAUCCAGGCUCCCCGGGGCCACCUAUGCACUGUGGAGGGAGUUCUUGUUCUCCGUGUCUGCAGGUCCCCCUACGCACUAUUCGGUCACCUUCCAUGACCAGGAUAUCCUGGUGCUCCCUGGUGACCUCAUUGGCUUGCAACAUGAUGCUGGCCCAGGUGCCCUGCUGCAGUGUCCCUUGGGAUCCAGCCAUCACGGCCUUGAGGUUGUAUACCUCUCCACCAAUGCUUCCGUUUGGCUGGCCCACCUGCCUGCCCAGAUGGAGGGGGCUCGGACUGGCCCUGCCUGUGCCCUGCAACUGCUCUUAGCCACAGAGAAGCUUACCACACUGCUGGGCCUAAGGCCCAAUCCUGGGCUGCGGCAUCCUGGGCGCUAUGAGGUUCAAGCCACAGUGGGCAACAGUGUGUCCAGUCACAAUUUGUCCUGCAACUUCAGUGUCAUCUCGCCACUGACGGGGCUGCGUGUCACCUACCCUACCCUCCUUGAUGGCCACCUCUAUGUACCAACCAAUGGCUCAGUCUUGGUGCUUCAGGUGGAUUCUGGUGCCAGUGCCACAGCCAUGGCUAGCUGGCCUGGUGGCAACGUUAGCGCACCCUUCGAGGCUGCCUGUCCCACUGCGGGGGACACCCUCAAACCUGACUGCACAGGAGAGGCCAAUCGCACCUGGUUCUCAGUGCUGGCCCUGCCCCCACUCAGCAAGGGAGAGCACACAGUGGAGCUUGUAGCCCAGAACCAUGACAGCCGUGCCAACCUCAGUGUGAGGGUGACAGCUGAGGAGCCUAUCCGCGGCCUCCGAGCCAUGCCCAGCCCUGAGGCCCGGGUGCUUCAGGGUGUCCUGGUGAGGUACAGCCCCAUGGUAGAGUCUGGCUCAGACGUGGUCUUCCGGUGGACCAUCGAUGACAAGCAGUCCCUGACGUUCCACAACGUCGUCUUCAAUGUCAUCUACCAGAGUGCCGACAUCUUCAAGCUCUCACUGACAGCCUCUAAUCAUGUGAGCAAUGUCACCGUGAACUACAACGUCUCUGUGGAGCGGAUGAACAGGAUGCGAGGUCUUCGAGUGUCUGCGGUGCCAGCCGUGCUGUCCCUCAAUGUCACGUUGGAGCUGAUGGCCAGUGUGUUGGUGGACUCGGCUGUGGAGGUGGCCUUUCUGUGGAUCUUUGGGGAUGGUGAGCAGGUGCUUGGCCAGUUCAAGCCUCCAUACGGCGAGUCCUUCCAGGCCCCGGACCCCACAGUGGCCCAGGUGCUGGUGGAGCACAAUGCCACACACACCUAUGCCAGCCCAGGUGAGUACAACCUGACCGUCCUCGCAUCCAACACCUACGAGAACCUGACCCAGCAAGUGCCUGUGAGUGUGCGCCCAAUGCUGCCCAGCGUGGCCGUGGGAGUGAGCCACAGCGUGCUGGUGGCAGGCCAAUCUGUCACCUUCUUCCCGCACCCGCGGCCCUCAUCUGGUGGCAUCCUGUAUAUGUGGGACUUUGGGGAUGGCUCCCCUCGCCUGGUGCAGAGCCAGCCAGUCGUGAACCACACCUACCUCAUCACCGGCACCUACCGCGUCAGCCUGGAGGUGAACAAUACAGUGAGCAGUGUGGAGGCACACACCGACGUCCGCGUCUUCCAGGAGCUGUGUGACCUGAGCGUGCGCCUGAGCCCAGCGGUGGAGCAGGGAGCCCCUCUGGUGGUCCAUGCCUCUGUAGAGACGGGUGACAACAUCACAUGGACGUUUGACAUGGGGGAUGGUACUGUAUUCACAGGCCCUGAGCCCACAGUGCAGCAUGUGUACUUACGGGCUCAAAACUAUACAGUGACAGUGGUUGCAGCCAGUCCUGCAGGCCAGCUGACCCAGAACCUGCAUGUGCGGGUCUUUGUCCUGGAGGUGCUGCGCAUUGAGCCUUCCACCUGCAUCCCUGUCCAGCCUGAAGCCCGUCUCAUAGCCCACGUCACCGGGGACCCUGCCCACUACCUCUUUGACUGGACUUUUGGGGAUGGCUCCUCUAACAUAACCGUCCAGGGGCACCCGAUGGUUGCACAUAACUUCACGCGGAGUGGCACGUUCCCCCUGGCACUGGUCCUGUCGAGCCACGUGAACAAGGCGCAUUAUUUCACCAGCAUCUGUGUGGAGCCUGAGCUGGGCAACGUCACCUUGCAGCCCGAGAGGCAGUUUGUGCGUCUUGGGGAUGCAGCCCGCUUGGAGGCCUGUGCCUGGCCCCCAUUCCCAUACCGCUACAUCUGGGACUUUGGCAUUGAGGGCGCCACCCUCACCCAAGCUGGGUCUCCAGAGGCUGUGUUCACCUACCGAGACCCCGGCUCCUAUCUGGUGAUGGUCACUGCCACUAACAACGUCUCUGCUGCCAAUGCCUCAGCGUUGGUGGAAGUGCAGGAGCCGGCGGACAUCACUGGCAUCAGAGUCAACGGCUCCCAUGUGCUAGAGAUGUGGCAGCCCUACCUGUUCUCAGCUGUGGGCUGUGGGCGCCCUGCUACCUACUUGUGGGAGCUGGGGGAUGGGGAGCAGCUCGAGGGCCCCGAGGUCACCCACACCUACAGCAGCAUGGGUGACUUCACCAUCACAGUGGCCAGCUGGAAUGAAGUGAGCCGCAGUGAGGCCCAGCUCAAUGUCACCGUGCAGCAGCGCAUCGAGGGGCUCAGUGUCAACGCUAGCCGUACAGUGGUGCCCCUCAAUGGCAGUGUGAGCUUCAGUACCUCGCUGGAGGCAGGCAGUGACAUGCGCUACUCCUGGGUGCUCUGUGACCGCUGCACGCCCAUCCCCGGGGGCCCCACCAUCUCUUACACCUUCCGCUCCGUGGGGACCUUCAACAUCAUCGUCACUGCUGAGAACGAGGUGGGUGCUGCCCAGGACAGCAUCUUCAUCUAUGUCCUCCAGCUCAUUGAGGGGCUGCAGGUGGUAGGGGGUGGUGGGGGCUGCUGCUUCCCCACCAACCACACGCUGCAGCUGCAGGCUGCUGUCAGGGAUGGCACCAACAUCUCCUACAGCUGGACUGCACAGCGGGAUGGCAGCCCAGCCCUGACUGGCAGCGGCAAGGCCUUCUCCCUCACUGUGCUUGAGGCUAGCACUUACCACAUCCAGCUGCGGGCCACCAAUAUGCUGGGCAGUGCCUUCGCCAACCGCACCAUAGACUUUGUGGAGCCCGUGGGGUGGAUGGCCGUGACGGCCUCCCCCAACCCAGCUGCUGUCAAUGCGAGUGUCGCUCUCCACGCUGAGCUGGCUGGUGGCAGUGGAGUUGUCUAUAUGUGGUCCGUGGAGAGAGGGCUGAGCUGGGAGACAUUGAAGCCAUCCACCUCUCAUGCCUUUCCCAUGGCUGGCCUGCACUUUGUCAGCGUCGUGGCUAGUAACCAGCUAGGCUCAGCCAAUGCCACCAUUGAGGUGGCUGUGCAGGUACCUGUGAGUGGCCUCAGCAUCAGAGCUGAUGAGCCGGACAGCAGCUUCGUGGCAGCUGGAUCAACUAUGUCCUUCUGGGGUCAGCUGGCAGCGGGCACUGAUGUGAGCUGGUGCUGGUCUGUGCCAGGUGGUAGCAAGCACGGCCAGCGCAUUGCCCUGGGCUUCCCAGACGCUGGCACCUUCUCUGUGCAGCUCAACGCCUCCAACGCCAUCAGCUGGGCAGCAGCCGUGCACGUCCUCACGGUGGAGGAGCCCAUUGCGGGCCUGGCGCUCUGGGCCAGCAGCAAGGUGGUGGCGCCCGGGCAGCUGGUGCACUUCCAGAUCCUGCUGGCCACUGGCUCGGCUGUCAGCUUCCGCCUGCAGGCUGACGGGGCUGGCCCUGAGCUGCUCCCCAGCCCCCGCUUCUCCCAUAGCUUCACCUGGGUUGGUGACCAUGUGGUGAGCGUGCAGGCUGAGAACCAUGUGAGCCGGGCCCAGGCCCAGGUUCGAAUCCUGGUGCUGGAGGCCAUUGGUGGGCUACAGGUACCCAACUGCUGCGAGCCCGGCAUCGCUACAGGUACCGAGAAGAACUUCACAGCCCGGGUGCGACGGGGCUCCCGCGUAGCCUAUGCCUGGUACUUCUCCUUGCAGAAGGUCCAGGGUGACUCGCUAGUCAUUCUUUCUGGCCGUGAUGUCACUUAUACCCCGGUGGCCGCAGGCCUGCUAGAGAUCCACGUGCGGGCCUUCAAUGAGCUGGGCAGCGUGAACCUCACGCUGACCAUGGAGGUCCAGGAUGUCAUCCAGUAUGUGGCUCUCCAGAGUGGCCGCUGCUUCACUAACCGCUCGGCCCGAUUCGAGGCUGCCACAAGUCCCAGCCCCCGGCGUGUGGCCUACCGCUGGGACUUUGGGGACGGGGCCCUGGUGCAGCACACAGAGGAGCCCUGGGCCGCCCACACGUACUUGCAGCCUGGGGACUACCGCGUGGAGGUGAAUGCCACCAACCUGGUGAGCUUCUUCGUGGCACAGGCCACUGUGACUGUCCAUGUGCUGGCCUGCAGGGAGCCCGAGGUGGACAUGGCUCUGCCUCUGCAGGUGCUGAUGCUCAGGUCGCAGCGCAACUACCUGGAGGCCCACGUGGACCUGCGUGACUGUGUCACCUACCAAACCCAGUACCGCUGGGAGGUGUACCGGUCUGCCAGCUGCCAGCGGCUGGGGCGCCUCACGCUCAUGACCCUGCCUGGCGUGGAUGUGAGCCGGCCUCAGCUGGUGGUGCCACGAAUGGCGCUGCCUGUGGGCCACUACUGCUUUGUGUUUGUGGUGUCGUUUGGGGACACACCACUGGCACGGAGCAUUCAGGCCAAUGUGACUGUGGCUGCCGAGCGUCUGGUUCCAAUCAUCGAGGGUGGCUCGUACCGCGUGUGGUCUGACACCCAGGACCUCGUGCUGGAUGGGAGAAAAUCCUAUGACCCUAACCUGGAGGAUGGUGACCAGACGCCACUCAGCUUCCACUGGGCCUGCGUGGCCUCCACCCAGAGCGAGGCUGGCACGUGUACACUGAGCUUUGGACCCCGUGGGAGCAGCACUGUCACCAUUCCCCGGGAGCGCCUGGGGGCAGGCGUGGAGUACACCUUCAGCCUCACUGUGUGGAAGGCGGGCUGGAAGGAGGAGUCUGCCAACCAGACGGUGCUGAUCCGGAGUGGCCGGGUGCCCAUCGUGUCCUUGGAGUGUGUGUCCUGCAAGGCACAGGCGGUGUAUGAAGUGAGCCGCAGCUCCUAUGUAUACUUGGAGGGUCACUGUCAGAACUGCAGCGGUGGCUCCAAGCGUGGGCGCUGGGCUGCACGCACCUUCAGCAAUAAGACACUGGUGUUGGAUGAGACAACCACGUCCACAGGCAGUGCAGGCAUGCGGCUGGUGGUGCGGCGGGGCGUGCUGCGUGAUGGUGAGGGCUACACCUUCACGCUCACCGUGCUGGACCGCACAGGGGAGGAAGAGGGCUGUGCCUCCAUCCGCCUCUCGCCCAACCGCCCUCCGUUUGGUGGCUCCUGUCACCUCUCCCCACUGGAGGCCGUGCAUGCCCUCACCACCAAGGUGCACUUCGAAUGCACGGGUUGGCGAGACGCCGAGGACGCCAGUGCCCCCCUGGUGUAUGCCCUGCUCCUUCGGCGCUGUCGCCGUGCGUACUGCGAGGACUUCUGUGUCUAUAGAGGCAGCCUCCCUGCCUAUGGGGCUGUCCUGCCUCCUGGCUUCAGGCCACACUUCGAGGUGGGCCUGGCUGUGGUUGUGCAAGACCAGCUGGGUGCUGCUGUGGUGGCACUCAACAGGUCUCUCGCCAUUAUCCUACCAGAGCCCAACGGGAGCUCCACGGGCCUUGCUCCCUGGCUGCACAGCUUGACGGCCCGCGUGCUGCCUGGGCUGCUGAGGCAGGCUGACCCCCAGCACGUCAUCGAGUACUCCCUGGCCCUCAUCACUGUGCUCAAUGAGUAUGAGCAGGCCCUGGAUGUGGUGGCAGAGCCCGGUCAUGAGCAGCAGAUGCGAGCCCAGGUGCGCAAGAAUAUUACAGAGACACUGGUUUCUCUGCGGGCCAACACGGUGGACGACAUCCAGCAGAUCACAGCUGCGCUGGCGCAGUGCAUGGUGUCUAGCAGGGAGCUCAUGUGCCGCUCAUGCCUGAAGAAGAUGCUGCACAAGCUGGAGGAGAUGAUGCGCAUCCUGCAGGCUGAGACCACCGAGGGCACUGUGACGCCCACCACCAUUGCUGACAGCAUCCUCAACAUCACAGGGGACCUCAUCCACCUCGCCAGCUCAGAUGUGCAGGGCCCGCAGCCCUCAGAACUGGGGGCAGAGCCGCCCUCACCCAUGGUGGCAUCCAAGGCUUACAACCUGUCCUCGGCGCUCAUGUGCAUCCUUAUGCGCUCCCGGGUGCUCAACGAGGAGCCUCUGACCCUGUCGGGGGAGGAGAUCGUGGCCCAGGGCAAGCGCUCUGACCCGCGGAGCCUGCUGUGCUACGGCAAUGCGUCCCUGCCUGGUUGCCACUUCUCCAUCCCUGAGGCCUUCAGUGGCGCCCUCUCCAACCUCAGCGAUGUGGUGCAGCUAAUCCUCCUCGUGGACUCCAACCCCUUCCCCUUUGGCUACAUCAGCAACUACACGGUCUCCACCAAGGUGGCAUCCAUGGCGUUCCAGACGCAGGCUGGCACCCAGAUCCCCAUAGAGCGACUGGCCACAGAGCGGGCCAUCACAGUCAAAGUGCCCAACAACUCAGACCAGGCUGCCCAGGCUAUGCACACCCCGGCAGGCUCUGCCAUUGUCCAGCCGCGGGCCUCGGUCAGUGCCGUGGUCACCCCAGACAACAGCAACCCUGAGGCCGGGCUGCACCUGCGGCUCACAUACACAGUGCUCAAUGAGCGCUACCUGUCUGAGGAGCCAGAGCCCUACCUGGCUGUGUACUUGCACUCAGCACCCCGGCCCAAUGAAUACAACUGCUCCGCAGACAGGAAGAUCAGCCUAGAGGCACUCAGGGGUGCUGACCACAGGCUUUACACCUUCUUCAUCCCCCCAGGGACCGGGGUCCCUGGAGGGAGCUACCACCUGAACCUGACCAGCCACUUCCACUGGUCACCACUGGAGGUGUCCGUGGGCCUGUACACGGCCCUGUGCCAGUACUUCAGCGAGGAGGAGAUGAUGUGGAGGACGGAGGGGCUUGUGCCGUUGGAGGAGACCUCGCCCAGCCAGGCUGUGUGCCUCACUCGCCACCUCACGGCUUUUGGGGCCAGCCUCUUUGUGCCCCCCAGCCGUGUCCACUUCAUUUUCCCCGAGCCGUCGGCGGGCAUGAACUACGUCGUCCUGUUGACAUGUGUCGUGUGCCUGGUGACCUACGCCGCCAUGGCCAUGAUCCUGCACAAGUUAGACCAGCUGGACGUCAGCCGGGUCCGCGCUAUCCCAUUCUGUGGGAAGGGGGGCCACUUCAAGUACGAGAUCCUGGUCAAGACUGGCUGGGGCCGAGGCUCAGGCACUACGGCCCACGUGGGCAUCAUGCUCUAUGGGGCCAACAGCCAGAGUGGCCACCGGCACCUGGAUGGGGACCGCGCCUUCCACAGGAAUAGCUUGGACAUCUUCCAGAUCGCCACCCCGCACAGCCUGGGCAGCCUGUGGAAGAUUCGAGUGUGGCAUGACAACAAAGGCCUGAGUCCCGCCUGGUUCCUGCAGCAUGUCAUUGUCCGGGACCUGCAGAGUGCCCAAAGCACCUUCUUCCUGGUCAAUGACUGGCUGUCUGUGGAAACUGAGGCCAACGGAGGCCUGGUGGAGAAGGAGGUGCUGGCUGCAAGUGAUGCAGCCCUGUGGUGUUUCCGGCGCCUCCUGGUGGCAGAGCUGCAGUGUGGCUUCUUUGACAAGCACAUCUGGCUCUCGGUGUGGGACCGGCCACCACGCAGCCGCUUCACACGCGUCCAGAGGGCCACGUGCUGCGCUCUCCUCCUCUGCCUCUUCCUGGGCGCCAAUGCCGUGUGGUAUGGGGUCGUGGGAGAUGCCACCCACAGUGCGGGGUCCGUUUCCAGUCUCAUCCCACCAAGUGCUGACGCGGUCACCAUCGGCCUGGUGUCCAGCGUGGUGGUCUACCCUGUCUACCUGGCUGUCCUCUUCCUCUUCCGGAUGUCUCGCAGCAAGGUGGUUGGAGGCCCAACCCCUGCCAGCCCAGGGCAGCCGGCGCUGGACACCAACAGUUACCUGGGCUCCCCUGUGUUGAACGGUUCCUUUCUCACACUGUCAGCGCUCCGGGCUGAGGCCCUCGCUGGACAAGUAAGAAGUGACUUUCUUCUGGACGAUUCUAAAAGCCUGGUGUGCUGGCCGUCCAGCGAAGGCACGCUCAGUUGGCCAGACCUCCUCAGUGACCCGUCCAUUGUGGGCAGCGCCCUGGAGCAGCUGGCAUGGGGUCAGACAGGUCAAGUGCUGGUCCCAGAGCAGGACAGCCGCCCUCAAGGAGGCCCUGCCUCACCCGCCCAGUGCUUCUCAGCAGCCGAUGAAGACCUGAUCCUGCAGACCCUGGCUCCUCCCCAGGACACCCAUGUGCAAACAGACCUGCUCACCAGCAUGUCCAGCGUGCCCAGGGAGAAGACGGAGACACUGCUGCUGCAGAGGCUGGGUGAGAAGCCGCCCCAGCCUGGCCCCAGCUGUGGCCAGUCCCCGCUGCCACGGCUCUCUAUGAUGGGACCCAUGGAGGGUCUCCGCAAGCGCCUGCUGCCCACGUGGUGUGCCCCCCUAGCCCAUGGGCUCAGCCUGCUCCUGGUGGCUGUGGCUGUGGGGGUCUCGGGAUGGGUCGGUGCCAGCUUUCCCCCCAACGUGGGUGUCACGUGGCUUCUCUCGAGCAGCUCCAGCUUCCUGGCCUCGUUCCUCGGCUGGGAGCCGCUUAAGAUCCUGCUGGAAGCCCUCUACUUCUCACUGGUGGCUAAGCGGCUGCACCCAGACGAAGAUGACACCCUAGUGGAGAGCCCAGCUGUGACCCCUGUGAGCGAGCGCGUGCCCCGAGUGCGUGCCCCCCAUGGUUUUGCCCUCUUCCUGGCCAAGGAGGAAGCCCGCAAGGUCAAGAAGCUGCACAGCAUGCUAAGGAGCCUCUUGGUGUACAUGCUUUUCCUACUGGUGACACUGCUGGCCAACUACGGGGACGCUGCCUGCCACAGCCAUGCCUACCGCCUGCAGAGUGCCAUCAAGCAGGAGCUGGACAGCCAGGCUUUCCUGGCCAUCACCCGGUCUGAUGAGUUCUGGCCAUGGAUGACCCAUGUGCUGCUGCCCUAUGUCCACGGAAACCAGUCUAGUCCUGAGCUGGGGCCUCCGCGCCUGCGGCAGGUGCGGCUGCAGGAAGCAUUCUGCGCUGACCCACCUGGCUCAGGGGCGCAUGCGUGCUCAGUGGCUGGAGGCUUUAGCACUAGCGACUACAGCGUUGGCUGGCAGAGCCCGGCUCACAACAGCUCAGAGGUGUGGGCCUACUCCGCACCAGAUCUGCUAGGCACCUGGUACUGGGGCUCCUGCGCAGUAUACGACAGUGGCGGCUACAUCCAGGAGCUGGGCCUGAGCCUGGAGGAAAGCCAGAAGCGGCUGGGCUUCCUCCAGCUGCACAACUGGCUGGACAGCAGGAGCCGUGCGGUAUUUGUGGAGCUGACACGGUACAGCCCGGCUGUGGGGCUGCAUGCCGCCAUCACACUGCGCCUGGAGUUCCCCACCGCUGGCCAUGCCCUGGCCACCCUCAGUGUCAGGCCAUUCGCUCUGCGUCGCCUCAGCAGUGGCCUCUCCCUGCUGCUGCUCACCUCGGUGUGCCUGCUGCUGUUCGCGCUGUACUUCUUGGCAGCUGAGGCACGCGCCUGGCGCAGGGAGGGGUGCACGCGUGUGACCCAACCUGGAGCCUGGGUGCGGUGGCUGCUGGUGACCCUGACUGCGGCCGCGGCCCUUGUCCGCCUCGCCCAGCUGGGCACUGCUGACCGCCAGUGGAACAGAUUUGUGAGGGACCGCCCUCGCCACUUCACCAGCUUCGACCAGGUGGCUCAGCUGAGCGCCGUGGCCCGAGGCCUGGCUGCCUCGCUGCUCUUCCUGCUCUUGCUCAAGGCCGCCCAGCAGCUACGGUUUGUGCGCCAGUGGUCCAUUUUUGGCAAGACACUGUACCGGGCCCUGCCGGAGCUUUUGGGGACCACCCUGGGCCUGGCUGUGCUCGGUGUGGCCUAUGCCCAGCUGGCUGUUUUGGUAGGUGGCUGUGGGGAUCUGAGGGAUGGGGCCUUGGCCAGGGCACCGCCUUACCCCUCCUCCUUCCCCCAGCUGGUCUCCUCCGGCGCAGACUCCUUCCAGAAGGCUGCCCGGGCUGUCCUGGCCCUGUGCCCAGGGGCCAGGGCCCCCACCCUGUGCCCUGCGGAGUCCUGGUACUUGUCCCCCCUGCUGUGUGGUGGGCUGUGGGCCCUGCGGGUGUGGGGGGCCCUGAGGCUGGGGGCCAUCCUCCUGCUUUGGCGGUACCACACUCUGCGUGGGGAGCUGUACCGCCCAGCCUGGGAACCCCAGGACUACGAGAUGGUGGAGCUGUUCCUGCGCAGGCUGCGCCUUUGGAUGGGCUUCAGCAAAGUUAAGGAGUUCCGCCACAAAGUCCGCUUCGAAGGAAUGGAGCCUCUUCCCUCCCGCUCGUCCAGGGCCUCCAAGUCCCCCCCGGCCGCCCCACCACCCAGUGCUGGCUCAGAGGCGUCCCACCCCUCUACCUCCUCCAGCCAACCCGACCGGCCGAGAAGAGAGCCAGAGCCGGAGCCCUCCCGCCUCCACUCCAUGUUCGAGGCUCUGCUCAUGCAGUUUGACAAACUCAACCAGGCUACAGAGGAUGUGUACCGACUGGAGCAGCAGCUGCAGAGCCUUCAAGGCCAGAGGGGCAGCAUGCCUCCUGCCCUGCCUUCCCCGGACUGCACUGCAGGCCCCCCACCAGCCCCGCCCCCCUGCCUUGCCUGCCGGGCCUCUCGGGGUGUGGGCCAGGCUGCCAGCAUCAACAGGGUGUCCCUGUGGGGCAAGAACAAGGUCCACCCCAGCAGCACUUAGUCCCUGGGGCAGCGCCCCGUGGCUUUGCCCUGACCCCUUGGAAGCCAGGGCAGAUACCGCUCAGUAUUACCUACCUUCUGCUGCCUCAGGACCAGGCCAGGCCGUCUGGCUGCACACACAUCCCGAGGCGGUGGCAGGCAAGGUGGGCCUGCCCACCUGCGGGCUUCAGCACUUUAGAGGCCGCCCAGCCAGCCAGGACACAGCAGUAUUGGGCUGAGCGACCAGCAGCCUCCAAGAUGCUAAUUUAUUUCCCAAGUCCUCAGGUACAGCGGGCUGUGCCCAGCCAUCUACCCUUGCUAAGGAUCCGGCUCCGGGGAGGGCUCAGCCGCACCCCGCUGCCGUCCCCUAAGUUAUUACCUCCUGCUGCCCCUGCACACGUUCCGUCCCCUGUGUGUCUACCGUCAGUAAUUUAUACGGGGUUCAAAUGUAUAUAUUUUUGUAUGUCACUAUUUCGCAUUAGGGCUGAAGGAACUGUACCUUAUUUUAUUUUCCUCUGGAUGGGGGGGAGCUGCAGCUGCUUCUUGGAUCCGAGUCUGGCCCUGAGUUGGGCACUGGGGGCUCAGCUGCCUCCAGUAUUCCUGGUGCCACCAUGGCCUUGUUUCCCCCCCCCCACCCCCUCCCCCAUGCUGGCAGCAAGCAGGCCGCCAGCACCCAGGCUUGCUGGUGUUGGGCCUGGACUCAAGUGUGGUGAAUGGUGAUGUGAAGGGACAAGACCGAUCCCUCCUGGGGCUGGCUCCUGGGGCUGGGGACGGCAUGGAAGCAUGUGUUGAGUGCGUGUGAGGGCAUGAGGCCUGGGCAGCAGCUCCAAGAGGCCUGGGAGCCAGCACGGCUGAAGCUAUGGCCUUGAAUCCUGCCCCAGUCCCACCAGACAAAGUCAAAUAAAGGCACUGCCUUGACUGCUA